AUGGCGUCUUCCUUCGAGUCCCUCCCUCUGGAGGUGUUUGAGGCCAUCAUCCACGAGACUGACCUCGUUGACCUUUGGCACCUUCAACAAUGCAAUUCCGCCUUCGAAAUAACAUUGGAUCCCUACAUGAUGGCUGAACCCCACGCUAUUCACAAACUCAUGGCUUGGGGUUGCUCUAGAGGCAACACAUGGGCUAUCAAGAAGGCUCUCUCGCUGGGGGCCGAUAUCAGCACUGUCGAAGUUGCUUGGAGAAACGACACAGCUCUGCUGGCCUCUGCACUUGGCCUUGCCGCAAGCAGAUUCCGCUACGACAUCUUUGAGUUUCUUCUCAAAUCAGGCGCCCAACCAGAUGUCCCCAUCCACAUCACACAGUCUGCCGCUUUCAAAAGACGCCUAUUCGCUCCGCAAUUCCCCAGAUUCGUUGAGCUUUGCCAAGAGUAUGGAGUCAAGGACAGGAUCCCCGACAUCCAAGCCAACCUGGAUGCAACUCUUGUCGAGGCAGUUAAACUGAACCUCAAACUCAACAUCUGUCAACGUUGGAUGGACCUUGGAGCAAACCCAACUGCACGAGUCGGAAAGAGUUGGAACCCCGAGACAGCCUUGUCACUUGCGAUACUUUCUGGGUCCAUCACACUAGCCAAGGUCAUGGUCUCACGAGGUUGUUACCUUGACCUAGCGGUUCUAAGCCCAGUGCCCAACGAUAUGGACCCAUGGCAACACCGUCUGGAACCAUGGAAAUUUAGGCCAAUGGUUGCCGCUGCAAAACGCUUGGCAUCAAAGGGGAAGACGGACAUGAUUGAUCUUCUUCUAAAAGCUGGCGCUGACCUCAAUGUCAAGUGCCGAGUCUGGAUUCCACUCAGGCCGGACUGUGACGAUCGCACGCUUUUGGUCGUCACCCCACUGUUGAUAUACAUCCUCAGUGUCGACUUUACAGACCCGAAUCAUUCUCCUUCUCGGAUGGUCAAUUGGCUUUUGGACAGAGGUGCCGAUAUUCGGUUCGAUCGCGUCCAUGCGGGCUACCCUUUGACCUUGCUAGUCAUUUGGAGGUACUUUAAAGGCCCCAAGUGCCUCUUAAACGACGAACAGUUCACAAUCAUCAAACUGUUUCUGGAGAAUGGCGCAGCUAAAAACAAGGUGCCCAACUGGCUAUGUGGGCAAGGAGUGUGUUCGUGGAAAUUCUUCCCGUUGGAUAAUCCUUUCACUCUUGAACAGCAGGCUGUUGGUAUUGAACGGUGGAGUGUCAUUAUCGACUUGUUGCUCAAAGAUGACAAUUUUGAUGGCAAACUGUCCGAUCAUGUUGACGACCUACUAAUGACGCUGCUAGAGCACAUCAUGCAUACCACAUUUGGGUGGGUUUCUGAGCCUCCUGACCCUUGCCCUCCUGAGCUUUUCACCAAGUUUUACGACAUUAGUCACCCUCUCAUGAUACAGAAGCUACUGUCAAAGGGAGCCAGCAUCAACGAAACUUCAUUGGCGCUUCCUGAUGAAAAACAACAGCGAUCAUUGGUUAGCAUGCUUGCCAAUCUCGGUGGUGCGCCCACCUUUAUUCAAGAAGGGUUAUCGUCCAAGUCAAAAGAUCUUGAUCAUGGGGUAUACGAGCUGUGGAAAUGUGCACUUCAAGGUGAAGUGGCAGACGAGGAGAGACUGCUUUGGAACCCAACAGCCGGGGCCCUGGUGGAUAUACCUGAUCGACUGGAUCCUCAGGAACGGGAGGAGUUAAGACGGCAGCGAAAGGAUGCGGAAGAGUUGUUCGAUCAGCAGGCUGUGCAAAAGUCUGCAGAACAGAGACCCCGUGGGCUCGAGAGUUUUAUUACAGGUAAUAUCUGGUGA